AUGCAGGGCAGCGGGUUCGUGGAUUACACCCAGUUCGAUUUUGGGACGGGUCCGAACUCUUCCGGGGCAGGAGGAGGAUCUUCCUCUGGGGCUGCGACGGGAACUAGUGCAGGCGCCGGCGCAGGACCAUCCUCUGGCGGCGGGAUGGGAUGGGGCGGUGAAAACAUCAAGCGUGAUGGGCAUGUCAACGGAACGGGAGGGGGAGGUGGAACAACUCAAGCAAAGCUAGCACCACCUGCGGGACCUUCUGGGGCAUCUGGUACCGGUGCGAGUGCGGCGAAUUCUGGUAACGGUAACCCGCAGGGCAUGGGCUCUUCGACGCAGCAAGAUGGCUUGGAAGGUGACGAAAAGGAUGGCGAGGACGGUGACGAUCCAGAAUCAAGGAAGAGGAGGAAGAGCGACGGGGGCGACGGAGAAGGCACUCAGAGGGUCCAGCUGGCUUGCUUCUAUUGCAGGACCAAGAGGAUACGGUGUUCGGGAGAAAGACCAAUCUGCUCGGCAUGCCAGAAAGCAAAUGUCAAGUGCGAGUGGCCCUCGGGUCGGCGGAAGAAACGAACGAGGAGGGAGAUGGAGGAGGCGAAACGGCUCGAGUCAAAGGGGGGCGAGCAGGUCCUUUCGGACGAUGAAAUUGACCCGGUCCCACAACAACAGCAGCAACAGCAACACCGAUCACAACAGCAACAGCAACAGCAUCUUCAGCAGCAACCACCGCCGCCGCAACAGCAGCAAUCGCAGCAUCAGUCACAACAACAACCGCAAUACACGACCAAUCUGAGCAACACGACGUAUGAUCCCACCGACUUCUGGUCCCUUUCCAACCUCUCCAACCUCGGCCAGACCAGUGCGGGGGGCACCACCAGCACCGGUAUCGGCACCGGGAGCAGCGCGGCGGGCGGUGCCGGCGCCGGUCUCAAUUCCACUGGAGGAGGAGCGACAAUGAGCAACUUUGUCUGGCCGUCGGGAUUCACACCAGAAGAUCAAACGUUUAGCUUCCCCAUGGCCGAGAUUGGGGAACCCACCAUGGCGCAGUUCAUGACGUCUCCAGCGACGGACAUGCGGUUGAUCAAUGCGUUGGAGAAUCAGGCGGCGUACAUCGAGGGGAAUCCAGCGGAGGAUCAGGACCUCGAGCUGUUUUACUAUCGAAUCGUAAGUGAUGUUUCAGACGCCCAUUUCACACCAUCCAUCAUUGCCUCUAUACCGCCGCCUUUCGCCAGCAUACCCGUCUUGAGCCGAGCUCAGCUCACGCCUCACCUGCAGUCCGGAUCCACCGCCAUUCACCCCGGUGUCAACCGCAUCUCGCUCAAGCUGCAACGGCGAUCCGCAGAUUCACCUCUGGCGGCGGCGCCCCAUCCGGAACCCGACCAGUCCCUGCCCGUCACCCCCUCACGCGCUCCACAGGAUAUCUUCGACUCGACAGGCAUGCCCCACCCUCACAUCUGGCAGCCACUCUUCGCGCUCUUCUUCAAACACAUGUCCCAGCACUUCCCCUCUGUCUCUCGGCAGCGCAUGUUCGAGCGUUUCGAGUCCGGCACCAUGUCGCAGUUCCUCGCGGCGUGUAUCUGCGCGUGCGGAGCGAGGUUCUCGCCUGAAGCAAGGGACAAUCCGACCCAGGCCUGUGCGCCAUUCAUCGCAAAGGCCCAGGAGCUCAUCGUCCCCCUGAUCCACCUGCCGACGUACGAUGUCGUCUCCGGCCUCCUGUUCCUCGCCUGGGCCAAUUACGGGCAGUCGUCCGAAUCCGGCCUGUGGGAGUUUUCGGGUAUGGCAAUACGCAUGGGCAUCGAUAUUGGUAUCCACGAGAUCUCGGACAUCUACGAGUCACCCGCACACGUCAUCAGAACCAAACUGCUUUUCUGGUCGAUCUUCGUUACGGAUCGAGUGGUGGCGUUCGCUACGGGUCGACCGGCAUCCAUACCAGAGGACAUCAUUGAGAUCCCUCUCCCGGAGGACGCCGACUUCUUCCCCGAUCCAGCUAGGAACACGCCCAACGACCCCGUCGAAGCCGUUGAGCCCGUCCCGUUCGUGUACCUCGUCAAGCUCAUGAUCAUCUGUGGGAGGAUAUCAAACGUCCUCAACGGCCGGCGAGGGAAAGCGAGGACGCUGGUCUCGACGGCGGAACCGCUAGCCGAGCAACUCGCGGAGCUUCAGAUGAGGCUCAUGCAGUUCAUCGCGGGUCUGCCGGAAAGUCUCAAGUGGAAUAUCGAGAAUUUCAAGCAUCAGGAGGCGCGGGGCCACGGUGGCGCUUUCCUCGGAUUACAUCUCUGGGCACACGCAGUCCUCGCUUUGAUAUACCACCCCGAACUCCUCAAGUCGCCGAGCGGGAUCGAGACGCCGCUCAACCAGGGAAUCAGCCGCAACAUCAAGCUCUCACUUGCCAGCUCGCGGCAGAUCUGCGAGUGUAUGGUGUUUGCGGAUCUCGUGUCGGGAGAAUCCUAUGUGAGUGGAUCGAAGUCCAUGAAGAAUCCAAUCGUCCCACCUCCGGACUGCGUUGCGGUUGAAAUGCGUGCUAAUUCUUUGACAGAUCUCAACGCCGUUCAUCGUCCAGCCGCUUUACGUCGCAGCGUGAGUCGACCGGUCGUUUCUUCCCGAGAGGUUCCGCUGAUCCUCGUCUGCUCGUCCCGUAGCAUGGCUCUCAUCCACGAGAUGCGUGCCGCGCAGGCUAGCGAAUCCACCGGGAACCCAACCGACAUGUUCCUCGUCUCCAUGGCGAGGCAGAACUUCACGGCGCUGCUCAACGCGGUGCAGAAAAUGGAGCAGUAUUGGGCAGGCGCAAACUACGUGGCGAGUCUACUGGAGAAACGUGAGUCAGAGGAAUGUGACAUCGGGCUUCCUAUCGAGCUCGGCUCGUAUCAUCUUUCUCUUUUCACGAGUUUCGGGUGUUCCCAGCAGGUCGGCGAGGCCCCGCCGUGAUCCGGGUUUAAUCGGUCCAAGACGAAAGCCAAUAAGAAGACAUUCAUAUCGUUGCCGGACAAGGGUCUGUUACGCCGAUUCACGGCCGAUCCAUCACAUCCCAACAACGUCGGUCCGGCGACUGAAACGUCUUUGCGCGAAUCCAUCGCGAAGAGCAGUGGCAGUGGUCCGAGUCCAUAUUGGCUUGCGGACCUCAUGGCGGGCUAUACCGUCGAGAACAUGAGUUUCGCCCCGGCCGACACGCUCGAUCUGGAGCGGCUGCUCGCGACUGGAACUCAGAUGAUGCAGGGACAGGGACCGCCUUCGGGUGGUGCGCCAGGUGGAGCGGGGCAGAAUGUGCAGAAUGUGCAGAAUGUGCAGAAUGUGCAGGGCGGGCAGACGAUGCAGGGCGGGAUGGGGAUGGUGAGGGGUCUGGGCGGGAUGUGA